CCAGUGAGUUGAAGUUUUAUUGACGGAUGGCAGUAUCAGUCUCACGCUUCCUAUUCUACUUUGCAAUUUUGUUCUUUGUAGUCCAAAGGCUCACCAAAAAUAGUGCCAAUCAUUUCAAAAGCUUGACAGGUUGUGAAUUUGGCUUCUGAAGAAGUGUAGAGUCAUGGCAUUGGCUACGAUACCAGCUGUGCACCUUCUGAUGAAAAAACUACAUGCUAUCCUCGAUGAUAAAGAAUUUAAUAAUCCAAGAUUGAGGAAGCAAAUUAACAAUGUCAUGGAGAAAUUGAAAGAGCUUCAGACACUCUUGACACAGCCAGAAUACAAGCAAAAAAUGGAUGAUGAAUUGGAGACCAAGCUUCUGCAUCAGGUUUACUGGGCAGAGGACAUCAUCGACAUCUUUCUUAUAAAAACAGCACUACAGAGACGGAAGACUUUUGCUAAAAUGCGUCCUCUCACCCUUUUAAUGUCUGUCCUGAGCCAAACUAUUACGCGAGAUAUGAAGCAAUUUGUUCAACAAAUCGAUGAUUUAUGUGCUAUAUUUAGAAAGAAUAAGCCAAAACAGUCUCUGGAAAAUGAAGAUGGUGAUUAUCAAGGUACAGCACAAUCAAGUAUUUCAAGUGAAUAUGUGGAGACUACUAAACCUGCUUCAGAAGGACACAAGCAUCCUGUGGGAACAAGCAGUUCAGAAGCUAAAACAAGUGUUUCAAAUGAACAAUCAGUGCAUGCUCUUGAACCAAGCAGUUCAGAAGCUAAACCAGAUGUUUCAAAUGAACAAUCAGUGCAUGCCCUUGAACCAAGCAGUUCAGAAGCUAAUCCAAGUGCUUCAGAUGAACAAUCUGUGCGUCCUCCUGAGCCAAGCAUUGCAGAAGCUAAACCAGGUGUUUCAGAUGAACAAUCUGAGCGUGCUUCUAAUACAAGCAGUUCAGAAGUUAAACCAGGUGUUUCGGAUGAACAAUUUGCGCAUGGCCCUGAGCCAAGCAGUUCAGAAGUUAAAUCAGGUGUUUCAAAUGGACAGUCUGUGUUUGCCUCUAAGACAAGCAGUUCAGAAGCUAAACCAGAUGUCUUGGAUGAACAAUCUGUGCGUGCUCCUGGGCUGAGCAGUUCAGAAGUUAAACCAGGUGCUUCAAAUGGGCAAUCCGUGCUUGGCCCUAGGACAAGCAGCUCAGAAGCUAAACCAGGCGUUUCAAUUGAAGAAUAUGAGCAUGCUCCUGAACCAAGUAGUUCAGAAGCAAAACCAGGUGUUUCAAAUGAGCAAUCUAUGCAUGCUCCUGAACUUAGCAGUUUUGAAACUAAACCAGGUGUUUCAAAUGAGCAAUCUGUGAAUGCUCCUGAAAGAAGCAGUUUAGAAACUAAACAAGGUCUUUCAAAUGAACGAUCUGUGCAUGCUCCUAAGACAAGCAGUUCAGAAGCUAAACCCAGUGUUUCAAAUGAACAAUUUGUGAAUGCUCCUGAACCAAGCAAUUCAAAAGCUAAACCAAGAAUUUCAGGUGAACAAUCUACACGUGCUCUCGAAGAAAGGUUAUCAGCUGAACAACAACAUGCACAUGCUACUGAGUUGAAAGUCGCAGAAGGCAAACUUGGAGCUCAAGCCACAGACUCAACCAAGUCAGAAGAAAAAGAAGCAUCCCAGAACUUGACAUCAUUUUCAGGUCAUUUGGAUGAUGACGAACUAGACUUCAUUGGUCGAAAGGAUAAAGCAGAUGAGUUAGCUCAAGCAUUAUUUAAGAGCCAUAAAUUGCGUUUUCUUAUUGCAGUGGCAGGUGCUGCUGGCUCUGGCAAGACAACCUUUAUAAGGAAUAUUUAUAACAAAGGGAACAUUGUGCAGCAUUUUCAAUUACGUGUUUGGAUUAAUGUUUCUGAAGAGUUUCCAGAAACAGUUCUCUCUUCUGAUGCUGAAGUUGAGACCAAAAAAAGAAAUCUCUUGAUUGAUAUAUUGAAACAAGUUACCACAAUCAAGGAGGAGGAAAGGCUGCCUCUUGAUAAAUUGCAAGAAAAGGUUCGUGAUUUCUUUAUUCGCAAGAGGUUCCUAAUAGUUUUGGAUGAUGUCAAGACUUCUCUUGUGUGGGACAUCCUUAAGAAUAUCUUUCCAAACUCAUUAAAUGGCAGCAGGCUGAUUCUGAUUACUCGCGAUGGAAAAAUGGCAGAAGAGCUUACUGGUCUGGAGUUCCCUCCAAUUAAGAUACCCAAUUUAAACGUUGACGAAAGCUGGGCAUUAUUCUUGAAGAAAGUACAAAGAAAAGACUUCAAUGAUUUGUCUUUGAAGCAGCAAAUUUGGGAAAAAUGCAAGGGUUUGCCUCUUGCCAUUGUUGUACUAGGAGGUCUCUUAUCCACCAAAGAUCCAAACAGCUGGUCAAGAGUGAUUGGGCGUGUGAGUUUUGGUGAUGACCCUUCCAAAGCUAUCUUGGCUUUGGCUUAUGAGGAUCUUUCAUCAGACUUAAAGCCAUGUCUUCUAUAUUUAAGUCUUUUCCCCAAAGAAUAUUCGAUCCCUGUGCGGAGGUUGUUUCGGUUGUGGGCUGCUGAAGGAUUGGCAAAUCCAUCAUCAAAAGAUGAAACCCCUGAAGUUUUGGUUGAGAGAUAUUUGCAACAAUUAAUCAAAAGAAACAUGGUAGAAGUUGCAAGAUGGAGAUUAGAUGGAAGCCCCAAAACAUGUCGAGUGCCAGGUAUCCUAUAUGAUAAUAUCUUUCCAAACGCCACAGGCAUUGGAUUUUGUCAUGUCCUUCGUGACCCAAUAUGUAUACCUACACAUAGUAUGAGGAGGAUUGCUACAUAUGGUGACAUUAGCAACUCUCUAGAUCCUUACAUUGAUAAUUUGCGUUCUUAUAUAUCUUUCAACACCAGAAAGGGAGAUACACCGGCAGUUGAAGUAGAAAAGUUUCUUAACAAGAUCAUGGCAAAAAGAGGCUUUGGAUUGAUCACUGUACUUGAUCUAGAAAAGGUCUACAAACCAGUGUUAACUGAGGCUAUAGGAAAACUGCUACACCUAACUUACCUGGGCUUGCGAUGGACUUUUCUAGAUUCAAUCCCAAAUUCGGUAGGUGAUUUGCCUAACUUAGAAACUUUGGAUGUGAAGCACACUAAUAUAACAGUCUUGCCCAUUUCCAUCUGGAACUCCAAGAAGCUUCGCCAUCUUUACAUGAACGAGAUUUAUUUGGAUGUGUCCCUUCAAAAGCCAUUGGCUGGUGGAUCAUUGGGCAACCUUCUGACUAUGUGGGGGUUAAUAAUUGGGAAAAGGAGCCCAGGGGAAGAUUGGUUGAUUAGGCUGAUUGGUCUCACAAAACUUGGACUCACAUGCCAUUUCGAAUCACUUGUGCUGAUAACUACCUGGAUUUCUAAAUGCACAAAUCUUAGGUCCUUGAAAUUGAGGUCAAUAGAUGAAUUUCGUCGACCUUCAGACCUCACGUUAUGGAGCAUGCGUGAGCAUAAAAAUCUUUGGGAGUUGAAUUUGCUUGGAAAGUUAUCAAUGGCAAUUGAUAAUAUUGAGUUUCCACAAAAUCUCAAGAUGCUUACUUUAUCAGUGUCACAGCUGGAUAAGGAUCCGAUGAAAUACCUAGGGCAAUUGCGUGAGCUGAACAUCCUCCGACUUUUUGCUCGCUCCUAUCUAGGGAAGGAGAUGACUUGUCACGCUGAAGGGUUUCCGAAACUCCGAGUCUUAAAACUGUGGAUGCUUGUGGAAUUGGAGAAGUGGACUUUGGAAGAAGGUUCCUUUCCUCAACUAAGAGAAUUAGAGAUUAGACGCUGUGAAAAACUGAAGGAAACUAGUGGUUUGAAUCAGCUAAAGAUGUUGAAGGAAUUAACCCUCACAAAUAUGCCGAGAGAUUUUGCAUUGCAGAUUGAAGGAAGCAUGAAGGAGAUUCAGGGGAGGAAUGUGACUAUUAUAGUCCGCAACUGGGACUUUCCUGCUUUGCCAAAUGAUGCUUAAGGAAGCCGAAUGGUGCCCAAGAUGGAUAUAGCAAGAUUUCUUUGAAGGGAAUGGGUUAUUAAAUGAGAAAUUUGAAUUCCGUUAACUCUGGUGAAGUUGACUGCUAUAUAUGGUGUCUAUCAAUGUCGAUAAUGUAAAUAGUUGUUCUGUAACUUCCGAUAAAGAGGAACAAAAUCCUCUCAUCAUUUAGUUUUUUUUUUUUUCCCUGUUUUCAUUGCUCUCUCUUCUGAUUUUAUUAUCCUAUUACCCUGUGCGCAAUUGGUUGUACUAAAAACAUGUUUGGGUGUGACAAUUAUAUCAUAUUGAGCCCUCCAGCUUGUCCAUUA